GGACCUCGCCCAGCUGAGCCGCUACCGCCCGCGGUGAGAAACCUGAAGCGCCGGGCUGGGAGCCCGCGGACCCUUCAUCGCACCGUCUGCGAAGCGGGCGUCGCCAAGGUGAUAGCGCGGACUUAGGCCGCCACCCCUCAGUCUUCAGGCGUCCUCCUUCUCACUUCCAAGACCCCUCCCUCUCCGUCGGGACGCGGGAGAGCCCGGCGCACGGUGGGAGAGCGAGGUGGAGCCGGCGCUGGCGGCCAAUGCGAAACUGGCUGGUGCUUCUGUGCCCGUGUGUGCUCGGGGCCGCGCUGCACCUCUGGCUGCGGCUGCGCUCCCCGCCGCCCGCCCGCGUCUCCGGGGCCGGCCCGGCAGAUCAAUUGGCCUUAUUUCCUCAGUGGAAAUCUCAUCACUAUGAUGUGGUAGUUGGUGUGUUAUCAGCUCGCAAUAACCAUGAACUUCGAAAUGUGAUAAGAAGCACCUGGUUAAAGCGUUUGAUACAACAUCCAGCAUUAAAUCAACGUGUGCUUGUGAAGUUCAUAAUAGGUGCUCAUGGCUGUGAAGUGCCUGUGGAAGAUAGGGAAGACCCUUAUUCCUGCAAACUACUCAACAUCACAAAUCCAGUUUUGAAUCAGGAAAUCGAGGCAUUCAGUCUUUCUGAAGACGCUUCAUCAGGGCUCUCUGAGGACCAAGUUGUCAGUGUGAGCUUCCGAGUUCUCUAUCCUAUCGUUAUUACUAGUCUUGGAGUGUUCUAUGAUGCCAAUGAUGUGGGUUUCCAGAGGAACAUCACAGUCAAGCUUUAUCAGGCAGAACAGGAGGAGGCCCUCUUCAGUGCUCGCUUUAGUCCUCCCAGCUGUGGUGUGCAGGUGAACAAGCUGUGGUACAAACCUGUGGAACAGUUCAUCUUACCAGAGAGCUUUGAAGGUACAAUUGUGUGGGAGAGCCAGGACCUCCAAGGCCUUGUGUCAAGAAAUCUUCACAAAGUGACAGUCAAUGAUGGAGGGGGAGUUCUCAGAGUCAUAACAGCUGCGGAGGGUGCAUUGCCUCAUGAAUUCAUGGAAGGUGUGGAGGGAAUUGCAGGAGGUUUUAUUUAUACUAUUCAGGACGGUGAUGCUCUCUUAAAAAACCUUCAUUCUCGCCCUCAAAGACUUAUUGAUCAUAUAAGUAAUCUCCACGAGGAAGAUGCCUUACUGAAGGAGGAAAGCAGCACCUAUGAUGACAUUGUUUUUGUGGAUGUUGUUGACACUUACCGAAAUGUUCCUGCAAAACUACUGAACUUCUAUAGAUGGACUGUGGAAACAACCAACUUCGAUUUAUUGCUAAAGACAGAUGACGACUGUUACAUAGACUUAGAAGCUGUAUUUAAUAGCAUUGCCCACAAAAAUCUAGAAGGGCCUAAUUUUUGGUGGGGAAAUUUCAGAUUGAAUUGGGCAGUUGACCGAACUGGAAAGUGGCAAGAGUUAGAGUACCCCAGUCCUGCUUACCCUGCCUUUGCAUGUGGGUCAGGUUAUGUUAUCUCCAAAGACAUUGUCCACUGGCUGGCAAGCAACUCAGAGAGACUGAAGACCUAUCAGGGUGAAGAUGUAAGCAUGGGCAUUUGGAUGGCAGCGAUAGGACCUAAAAGAUACCAGGAGAGUCUCUGGUUGUGCGAGAAGACUUGUGAAACUGGAAUGUUGUCUUCCCCUCAGUAUUCUCCACAGGAACUAACAGAACUAUGGAAACUGAAGGAAUUGUGUGGUGAUCCUUGUAAAUGUGAAGCAAGAUAAUAAGGAUUUUCAUUAGCAGUGUUUAAAGAUCAGGGACAACAGAAGUUCUGACACAGGAACUUUUAGAAGACGUGACAGCAAUCCUUUCACCUUUUGAAUUGUCAUGGAGUCUAUCAAAGAAAAGAAAACAUCUGUUUUCCCAAAUGAAACUAUGACAUGACAAGAAGAUAGUGCUUUAUAUAUAUUGUCACUUUAAAGUUUUUAUUUUAGCCAAGUAAAUAAUUAGGGAAAGGCUCACAAAUUUGUUAGGCAGACCACAAAAUAACUUGUUUCACACCACUUACUUGAGUUUUUAGGUAAGCUGUGGGAAAUGGAGCCAAUGUUUUGACCUAAGUGCCCUUUGACAAUGAGUUCUCAUACCAUUUCAGUGGUGUUUAAUAGUUCUUGUUCUCAGCACAGUGAAAUCUUUAACUUUUCCUUUUAAACUUUGUGAAGUUUACUUAAGAAUUACUGAAAGAGCAGAGCACUGGUGUGGGGUUCAGGCCUUAAUUUCCUCAUCUGUAAAAUGAGGGGGGCAGACUAAGUGAUCUACAAGGUCCUUUCCAGUUCUACCAUCCUACAAUCAUAAUGUGUAAUCGUAUUAAACUAACAUGAAAAAGUGACCACCAGGCAUGGGAAUGUAACCAAAUGCUUUGGUUUGUUCAGAAAACACAAUGAUCUUCUUUCCAAAGAUGGGUUGUGGUAAAUAUUAGAUAUUUUGAUUAUGAAAAAUAUAGUUUCUUUGAAGCUUUAGCUGGGAAUUAUAGCAAUAGUAUGGUGUUCCUACAAAUAUCAGUGUAUUCAGACAAAUAUUUUUCUAUCAAAGACCAUUUUUGUAAAAGGUGUCUGUUUUUAUGCAACUUGUGAUAAUAAAUGUUAUCUUUAUUUUAGAAUAAAAACUGGCCUUUUCAUGUAUCAUAAAAUGUACUGAAUACAGACACUUAACAUUUAUA